AUGACAAAGUUACCAAUUCUGCACCUCAUCCUUAUCCCAUUAAUCAUCUAUCAAACCACCUCCUUUGCCUCUGCAGUCGAUCCCACGCAAGGCUUCACCCAACUUCCAUUAGACAACUCAAACUUCCAAAUCCAAAAGCCUUACGAUGUCUCCGUAAACCAACGUUACACCUUUACAAACGGAGUCCACAAUGUUAUUCAUGAUGUUGGUGCUAACAAUGUUAAGAUUUAUAUUGAUGGGGAUCUUAAGUAUAAUGGAGAUGGUAGAGGAGCUGGUACUCACUACUUUAAGAUUGGAGUUUAUGUUCAGAAUGAUCCUUCCAGUUACAUGGAGUCUCGUUGGAGGGAUAUUAAGGUUUUUAAGAAAUAG